AUUAUGGGCGAUGCUGAGAGCGAAAUUCAAAUUCGCGCAUAUUGGAAUCGACGAGCUGAAAAUGUCGAUGGAGAUGAAAGUGUGGCUGACUUUCUAGCGUAUCUUCGAAUCGUGGAUCAAAACGAAUUUCAAAUUGCCCUCCCAACUCUGUGCAUUGUAGCUGCCAAAGAUAUCACGGAUUCGAGAAAGAAGGAAUUCGAAGGAAUUUGUGCUGAUGUGUUAUUAGACGCCGAGUCUUCAAGGCCGUCUCGACGAGCAGUUAUUGCAUGUCUGAAGGAAUUUUGCUCUGGUUCUGCAUGGACAGAUUUUUACACUUUGGUAGAAGCUCUUGAGGAGCCCCAGUUUCACAUCAUUCGUCCAGUGUUACCUCGAUUCGACACGCUUCUGAAUUCGGUUCGUGAUGGAAAACUCAAUUUCCAAUGGUUGAAAGUUGCUUUAUUCCGAGCUAUGCUUCAUACAAAUGGAUGGAUUCGAGUUUGGGCGAUUGAGAAAAGUAUUUCAAUUGAUGCAUCGAUUCUAAAGGAUAAUGAUCAUGUGAUUACAUCACUCAUCAUACCGAAUCUCAAUAAUAAUGACGUCUUCUGGAGAAACUUGGAAAAAGGACGAAUGGAUGCAUUUCUGAUUCAACUUGGUUCAAUGUUCAAUUCAAUCAGAGAAACCCCAGAUUUCAUCCGAAAUCUAUUGGUUUCUAUUGAAUUAAUGUCCUGUCCGACUGCAAUUUUCUUUGUUGUAUCCGCUCUCAGAUCAAUUGCCAAAACUGAAAUUCUGAACUCUGACGAUGUUCCAUUAUUGAGAAGAGUUGUUUUGAAAGCGAGAUAUAUUCCACACAAGUCGAUAAGAAUAAUUACGAUUCGCAAUUUGAUAGUUUUUUAUGCAAAAAUUACGAGAUUGGAUGGAACCCUUCUCCACGAGCUUUCAAAUCUAAUAUCCUACAUUUCACAAGAUGCCACAUCUAUAAUGAUAGAUGCCGUGUUCAAAGAAAUUCAAAAUAUUCUCGAUGAAACAUCAUACAUUGCAAAUGAAAACCAGGACGAAAAUGUUUUCCAUCAAACUUUUGGAAAUGAUUCCAAAAAUUUAGGAUUGCAUGCAAAAAUGUGGUGGAUUUCAAUGGGAAAAGCAACCAUUCAGAAGGAAAGAAUGCUGUCAAGACUUCAAUUAGAAGUUUCUGAAUUAUUAGGAGAGAAGCCUACUGCUGAUUUGACAUCUCAAUUGUUUUUACUCAAGGAACGGCCGGAAAAUAUGGAUUUCAGUAGUGAUGUUCUUGAAUGUAUGAAAAACGAUCUAGGUGAAUACAUUCUCACGCAGAUUAUAUCAAACAAAGGUUCCAAACGAGAGCUGGAGCUACUACAAUCGCUUCACAUUCCACUUUUCAAUAAGUACUGUUCCCACCUGAGCAUACCAUUUGCUCUAGCAGUUGUUCAAGUAUUAGGAGAUUUGAAAACAUGCGAAUCAGCUACAGUAUGCCUCACAUUCUUCAACGCUCUUGUCGAAAAUGUUCCAGAAGAGCGCUACGAAACAUUGGCAAUUGAGUUUUACAAGUAUCUCGGAGGAAAUGAAGUUAUCGGAAUGAAAAGGAUGAAAAAAUCGGUAGAGGAAUAUGAAACAAAGGAGUUCAAUCAGAUUUCUGCAACACUUCAUUCUCUUCGAUUGUCCCUGCUCAAUAAAUUUAUAAAAGAUGUUGACGAAAAUCAAUUUCUUUCUGAAUGUGUGGAACAACUUGAUGUGGCUUCAGCUUUCCCAGUUAAACAACAAUUAUGCCUACUAAUUGCAAGAUUUAUCAAGAAAUGUACAGAUCACAAGUUGGCUCUGGAUUGUAUUCGAGCAUCUGCAAGCAUUGUGAAUGAGGAGAAAAAGUCACUGAACAGUCUUCCAGCUCUUCGAUCAUUUUUCCAUGUGGCUCUGAGUGGCCCUCAAAGUGAUCCAGUUAUUGCUCAAGAAUCAAUCGAAUUAUUGGAAGCUCAGUUAGCAGUUGCCAGCCAAAGUACUCCGAUUGCUCUGAUUCUUGUAGAUGCCAUUACAAAGUAUCAAACAAAUUUAGAUGUAAAUUGGGCGCCAUUUAUUGUGAAGCUUGCUUUAUUUGGGCCUGUUCCGAAGAAAGAAUCAAGAGUUAUUUCAUACGCAUAUUCUAUGAUUUUCGAAGAAGAAGGCUCAUAUUUAAAGAAGGAUCAAGUUGAGAGACUCGAUGAAGUCGUUCAAACAGCAAGAUUCAAAGCUGUUUUGUUAGCAUUAAAAUUAUCAACGGUAGUUGAUGGCAACGCCUGGCGAAUCGCACUAAUUGAAGAGAUCUUUAAAGCAUCCGCCAUCAUGGAUCAAAGUUCAAGCCGAUCGUUUGGUCUAUCAAUGGCUCAUCGACAGAAGACGAGGGCAGUAGAAUUGCUGCAUUUAUUGGCUCUGAAAAUUGAAGAUCAAGAAUCUGCUUCGAAAGUUUUUGAUUUCUGCAUCAAUUGUGUCGUGGAUCCAUGCCAACAAUUUUCGAUCAAAUUAAUUGUUGAAUGGACAUUGGCGAUGCUCUGCGUUAAAUUUGAAAAGUUAUUCGAAAAACUCAUCGAUGAAGAGUUUGAGAAAAAUAUGGCUUCCCAAAGAAUUGGCUCAAUUUGCUCAUGGCUCAAUGUCCUAAAUUUAAUCGCUCGCGUGGCACCGAAAUUUGUAGAUUCAUGUCUGGAUAAAGUGAUUGUAUGGUGCACUGCUCAAAAUUUCCCUGUUAGAUGUACAGCUCUAGCUGCAGCUCGUCUCAUGUUCUCGACGUUUGAUAAGGAUCGUCGGAAGAAGUGGAGAAUUGUCAAAGCAAUUGUGAAUUUUGACGCGGAACCGUCUGGAAAUUCGAAAAGAGUCAUUGAUAAUCUAUGUUCCGAUUUCUACUUUGCAAAAUUGCAUAUCAAUGAUCAUUUCAACUUCCAGACAAUCCUCUCAGAAAUUGCGAAACGUACUGGAAUGCCUCCCGAAGAAACAAUUCCAAAUAAUAUUAUCAUGGAGAUGAACAACAUCACACAUCAAAUUAAAUCUAUGAAUGAAGAUCAAGAAUUUCUUUCUGCUCCUUCAGAAGUCUAUUCUGCACUGUCGAAGAAUGCCAGUUGUGCUCCGAGCAUGGAGAAUGAGGAUGUUGGUGAAGAAGAAUCUCCAAUUGAAUUCGAUGAACAACCUGAAAAUACCAAUGCAUCAACUUCGUUCCAACGGAAAAUCGUCAAGGAAAACGAGCUGAACGACGGUGGAAUUUCACUGAUUGUUGUGGCUUCUUUAGUGGAUAAACCGAACAACCUUGGUGGAAUCUGUAGAACGUCUGAAAUUUUUGGAGUUGACACACUUGUCGUUGCCGAUGUUCUCGUCGCCCAGGAUGCGAACUUCAAAGCAUUGAGCAUGAGCUCAGAGAAUUGGCAGAAAAUCGAAGGGGUUAAACGAACAAACUUGCUCCCAUAUCUUCAAAAUCUUCGAGCCAACGGAUACACAGUGAUCGCAGCUGAACAGACGACUGAUAGUGUGAUGAUGCAUGAUUUUGUAUUCCCAAAGAAGGCUGUGAUUGUUAUGGGCGAUGAAAAAGAAGGAGUUCCGGUGAAUCUACUACGCGCAGUUGAUCAAACUGUGGAAAUCAAACAAGUUGGGCAUACUCGAAGUUUGAAUGUGCACGUCACGGCGGCGCUUAUGAUUGCUAAAUUUGCCGAACAAGUCAGAUUUGAUAAAAAUUAAAUAAACUUCCCUUGUUAAAGUUGUUGUUUUUGUUGUUAACUUUCUUUUUUGCUCGUUCUUGAACAAUAAAAUUAAUAAUAAUUA